AGCCUCGGCUCAGGUCCCCAGUGACGUAUUAGGGUCCUCGCGCGUGUUCUUGGUGACAUUGUAUCGCAGUGAAGGAAUCCGAGCAGUCAGUGAGCCGCCCGACCGCCGCCAUCAUGUUCCGUACUAUGAUCACCCAUGCCAAGAAGCACCCCAGCUUGAUCCCUCUGUUUGCUUUCGUGGGACUCGGGGGUGUCGGAUGCGUCUUCUACGCCCUGCGGGUGGCGACGCGCAGUCCAGAAGUGAGCUGGGACAGGAAGAAUAACCCAAAUCCCUGGAACAAGAACAGCCCCAACUACCAGUACAAGUUCUACAAUGAAACCAUUGACUACAAAAACCUGAAGAAGGAGGGACCCGACUUCUAAGGAGGUCUCGUCGCGUUCAGUGAUUUGGAGAAGCCGCCUGCGUCGUUUCUUUUUUUUUUUUUUUUAUUAUUGUUGCCGUUCAGUCCUGGAAUUCUGAUUGGAUUCCCUCCUAUUUAAUCAGAUAAGACGUGUUUAUUGCGUUACCCGGCUCUGCUGUGCUGUUAAUGUAUUUAGUCGGGUCUCUAAUACGAUUAAACGAGAGUCUGAUUCCGA